AUGCGUUCCUUUCUCGCCAGCCUCGUUGCCCUCAGCUCCGCGCUAGGCGCGUCGGCAGCCACCUACAAUUCGUCCGCCUACAGUGAUUCAACCACGGGAAUCGAUUUUCAACGAUGGUGCGAUGAAACGACCGGGUUCUGCUUUGGUGUGGCCCUCCCCGAGUCGGUGGACUCGGACUUUGUCGGUCAGCUGGUGGUGCCCCUGUCCGAGUCGAAAGGAUGGGGUGGUGUCAGUCUUGGUGGAUCGAUGACCCAGACCUUGCUGCUUGCAGCCUGGCCCAACGGUGACUCGGUCGUCUCGACCCUGCGGAAAACCAGUACCUACGCUAACCCGGACGUCUUCUCGGGCGAUGCCAGCCUCACCGCGAUUCCCGAUGGCACCUCCGUCAACAGCACCCAUCUGACGUAUACCUUCUUGUGCAGCGGAUGCAUCGUGGGAUCCCCGACGACCUUCAGUGCAAGUGACGAGACCUACUUCCUUGGCUGGGCUCUGAGCAAGACCAAUCCUACCACCCCCAGCUCUCCCUCCUCGGUCCUCCCCUACCAUGCCGCCGGGUUUGGCUCCUUCAAGAUGCUGCUCUCGGACGCCAAGUCUUCCAAAUACUCCACGUGGGCGGCCAUGGCGAAGUCGACUGGCCACCACCCCAUUCGGCCUCGGCCCUCGGUGGACUCCCUCUGCCCAGCGCGAACCCCGGACCCCCGAGCGUGCCCGGCAACCGUUUCCAACACCACAUACGAUUAUAUUGUGGUUGGCGGUGGCCCCGCUGGUAUCAUCACUGCCGAGCGGUUGGUCGAAGCCAAGAAGAAGGUGCUGUUGAUCGAACGGGGUGGCGCUCCCGGUUGUGUCGAUGAGUGCGACGGAUUCACUCUCGUGGAACAAGUCUCUGACCCCAUUUGA